AUGUCUCCCGUUAAGUUUCUUGUCAUUUGUCUUCACAUUUUAACCAUUUUGAGUUCAGUUUCCACUACUGAAUUUGUCUAUAACACAAACUUCAACUCCACAAACAUCAAUCUAUAUGGAAAUGCCACUAUUCAGAACUCUAUUCUGACUCUCACUGAUCAAAGUUUCUUCUCCAUUGGUCGUGCUUUUUACCCUCAUAAAAUAUCUACCAAACUACCCAACUCUUCUACCUUUCUCCCCUUUGCAACUUCCUUCAUUUUCUCUGUUGGUCCUAUCAAAAACUUUAUUACUGGUCAUGGCUUAGCCUUCGUGUUCACACCAUCAAGAGGUGUAAAUGGCACAACAUCAGCUGAGUAUCUUGGUCUUUUCAACCUCAGCAACGGAGGUACUCCUCAGAACCAUGUUGUUGGAGUUGAGUUUGAUACAGUUAGAAAUGAAGAAGAAUUCAAUGAUAUAAAUGACAAUCAUGUUGGUGUUGACAUAAACUCACUUCAUUCCUCAACUUCACAUGAGGCUGGUUAUUGGGGUGGAAAAGAUAACAAGGAAUUUAAGGUGUUGGAGAUAAAAAAUGGAGAAAACUAUCAGGUAUGGAUUGAAUAUAUGCAUUCCCAGCUUAAUGUUACUAUGGCUGAGGCAGGGAAAAAGAAGCCUAGAGUGCCUCUUAUCUGUAGUUAUGUUAACCUUUCUGAGGUUCUUAUGGAUGAAACAUACGUUGGAUUCAGUGCAGCAACCGGGAGGAUAGUAGACAGUGCUAAGAUUCUUGCUUGGAGUUUUAGUAAUUCAAAUUUUUCAAUCGCUGAUGCUUUAGUGACAGAAAAUUUGCCUUCAUUUGUACAUCAUAAAGGGUGGUUUUCUAGAGCAAGAGCGAUAGCUGUAGUGGUCACCAGUGUUUUUUGUGUGUUAAUCAUUGGUUGUGGUUAUGCAGUGUUUUUCAUCCACCACAAGGGAGACAAGGCAGAGGAAGAAAUUGAAGACUGGGAACUUGAGUACUGGCCUCAUAGGAUUAGUUUCCAUGAGAUUGAUGCAGCAAUAAGGGGGUUCUCUGAAGAGAAUGUGGUUGCUGUUGGAGGGAAUGGGAAGGUAUAUAAAGGGGUUUUGCAUGGAGUAGAAGUUGCUGUCAAGAGGAUCCCACAAGAAAGAGAAGAAGGGAUGAGAGAGUUUUUGGCUGAGGUUUCAAGCCUGGGCAGAAUGAAACAUAGAAACUUGGUAGGAUUGAGAGGUUGGUGCAAAAAGGAAAAGGGAUAUUUAAUUCUAGUUUAUGACUUAAUGCACAAUGGAAGUUUAGACAAAAGGGUCUUUGAGUGUGAAGAGAAAAUGAUGCUAACUUGGGAAGAGAGGAUUCAAGUUUUGAAAAAUGUAGCCGCAGGGAUUCUAUACUUGCAUGAGGGUUGGGAAGUUAAGGUUUUGCAUAGAGACAUCAAAGCAAGCAAUGUUCUUCUUGACAAGAACAUGACUGCUAGACUAGGAGAUUUUGGAUUAGCUUGUAUGCAUGAACAUCGUGGACAAGUAGCCAGCACAACAAGAGUAAUUGGAACAAUAGGGUACAUUGCUCCUGAAGUGAUUCGAACAGGAACAGCAUCAACUAUGUCUGAUGUGUUUGGUUUUGGAAUAUUGGUAUUGGAAGUAAUUUGUGGGAGAAGACCUAUUGAAGAACACAAGCCAGGACUAAUAGAAUGGUUGGUGUCUCUAGUAGUGCAAGGCCAGUUGCACAGUGCUAUUGAUGGAAGGUUGAAGGCUAAAGGGGGAUACACCAUAUUGGAAGCUGAGAGAUUGCUUCAUUUGGGUUUGUUGUGUUCAAAUUCAGAUCCUAGUAUUAGACCAACAAUGAGGCAAGUUGUGAAAAUGCUGGAGGGGGAUAAGGAAAGUGUUGAAUCUGAUGAAGAAAAUAUGGAAAUGAGUCUGCUUGGAAGAAUAAAAUCAGCUGCAAUGUGGUCUAGCACUGAAUGCACUUCUCCAUAUAGUGGUCACCCUACUUUUGAUGACAUUAAAAUGUUCAGUCUUAAUUCUAGGACAUCUGGAACUGGCUCAAGUACCAUUCCAGGAUCAGGAUCACAAUCAGAAAACAGGUAAUGUUUUAGCCUCUUUCAUUGCAGUUUUU